AUGCGUUCUUUUGCCGUGCUGUCCACAUGGCGCCGGCUUUGCUCCCGAAGCUGGCGCCAGUCGCAUUUGAUCUGCAACAGAUGCAACAGCACAACUUCCAAGCCUGCCCUCUUCAGAAUGCUAGAGGAUGGAUCUGAAGAACCCAUUAAGGAAGACGAUCUUUUUUCAUAUCAGCGCCACAGGUGGCUUCGCAAUGACCGAGAAGAACGGGACAUUCGAUACGUCAAGUUCAAUCUUGAUGCGUUGAUCUACCGAGUCCUGCGUAAAUGGAAGCCCAAACCCGGAAGAAAAAAAUGCAAGUUCAGCUCCCCUUCUUCAAACCGAGUACUGCUCAGUAAUCGACUGACAAUCACAGGUGUCAAAAUAACAAAGCUUCUGGAAGGAGAUAGCAACAAGACGUUACUUUUGACAAUGGACGACGGCGGCCAGGUCAUUGCACGUCUUCCCAACCCUAUUGCCGGGCCUUCUUACUUUACGGUUGCUUCUGAAGUAGCAACACGCAGGUUUAUCUCUUUGGCAAUGGACUCCAUUCCCAUACCGUACAUGUAUGACUGGGAUUUUCGGCACGAGAAUGACGUAGGUGCUGAAUGGAUCCUUGAAGACAGGGCUGUUGGACUACCGCUUCGCCAGUUUUGGUCCAAUAUGGACCGAGAAACACAGCGUUAUAUUGUCAAACAGGUUGUCGAUAUUGAAAAAAAACUCGGAGCGAUCAAAUUCCCACAUCACGGCGGCCUUUACCUCAGAAGAUACCUGACUGGUAGUGGCGUGCCCUCGAGCUCACUGAAAAGUUUAUAUAGCCUAAACAAUCUACCGAUGUCCCCAUCCGAAGAAGGCUAUAAUUCUCGGAAUGAUUUUAUUUUAGAUUUUGCGAUGGGUCCCUCGGUAGAUCGGGGACUUUACCACCGACGGAAAUUAAUGAAAGAACACCAUGGUCCAUUUCACUCUAUGUCUCACUAUGCCAAAUGUUUAGGCAGAAACGAGCGAAGAUUCGUACAGAAGAUGGGGUGGGAACGACCAAAUUAUUUUCAAUCGAUAAAAAAAAUCGAGGAUCCUCGGGAUAUCGCUAAACUGACUGCGCAAUUUUUAUCCGCUUAUCGGUGUGUUGGGGAAAAUGCUCCGAACGACCUAUCGACAAUUUCUCACCCUAACCUAACCCUUGAUAACAUAUUCAUCGACCCUAACAAUAUGAAAAUAACAUGCCUAACUGGAUGGCAAGGUACCGUGGUUUCGCCGCCGAUUCUGAAACCUCCAUACCCUCCUUUCUUGGACUCGAAGUUUGACACUCUAUCCAAGGAUGUGAAAGAAAAGCAUCCAAAAGAUCUCUAUCGCGAGUUAAUAAGCGAGGCCGACCCUGUUCGUUAUGACCGCAUAUACAAGAAUCCAAAGGAGUACCGCAUUUUCACUGCACCACUUUUGGCAAUCCGUCGUGCAUACGAAUCAGAGAACAUUUUCGAGUUACGGGAAUCUUUAAUCAACUUCAUCAAUUACUAUGGUCUCACAAGUGGGGAGAAAAGCCUCCGACAUGACAUUCGUCAAACACCCGAUGAACUUAAUAAACACGGGCAUGAAAUGUUGGCUCGGUCUGAGCUCCAAAUGACGUUUCAUUUGGUCCAAGAUGCCUACCGACUUAGCAGCACAGACUGCCCAGAUAUACCUCUUGAUGGCCGCGUGCGCGCAGAGGAUUUCGAGACAGCACAACGCUGGGCCAGAGACUACAAAAAUCACUACCUUGACCUUGCCGGCACGAAUAAAAACCGUUUAGCCUUGCACAAAAGGCUGUGGCCGUUGAAUGACUUGGAAGAGGAACCCGAGCAUCGUCCACUGGUUCGUCGGCUUCUGACAGGGAGGUAA